CUGGCCUUGGUGAUUGGGGGCAUGAUUGGGGGGUUGCUGCUGCUGCUGCUGUUGAUCGGGGUGAGCUGCUGUCUGUGGAGGAGGCUUUGUGCCACUUUCACCUAUGAGGAGCUGCCAGGGACACCAGCCAUGGCCACCACAGCUGCCUCCAGCAGACAGGAUGACAAGCCCUGCCAGCCACAUGCCAGGACCCAGCCGAGCAGACCACCGGCUGUGCCAUUCGUGGUGCCCCCUUCCCUGCAAGGCCCAGACUUGGUGCCCCUGCACAGCAGAGAGUGGACCCAGGCCCCACAGGACCCCUGCACACCCCCAGAGCUCCUGCCUCACACCUCUAGUGGCAGCUUCGGUGACCCUUCUGUUGCAGGAGAUGCAUGUUUGGUGGGGACCAUCAACCCAGAGCUGUACAAGUUCCCAGAGGACAAGAGUGAGACCGACUUCCCUGAUGGCUGCCUGGGGCGACUGUGGUUCUCAGUGGAAUACCAGCAGGAGGCUGAGCGGCUGCUGGUGGGCCUGAUCAAGGCACGGCAGCUGCAAGCCCCCUCGGAGACCUGCAGCCCCCUGGUGAAGCUCCACCUGCUCCCUGACGAGCGGCGCUUCCUCCAGUCCAAAACCAAACGCAAAACCUGCAACCCGCAGUUUGACGAGCACUUCAUCUUCCAGGUGUCCAGCAAGAGUGUCACCCAGAGGGUGCUGAAGUUUUCAGUGUACCACGUGGACAGGCAGAGGAAGCACCAGCUCCUGGGUCAGGUGCUGUUCCCCCUCAAGAAUGAGACCCUGGCCAGCGACUGCCGGCGCAUCAUCUGGAGAGACCUGGAGGCCGAGAGCCUGGAGCCUCCCUCAGAGUUUGGCGACCUCCAGUUCUGCCUCAGUUACAAUGACUACCUGAGCCGCCUGACGGUGGUCGUGCUGCGUGCCAAGGGCCUCCGGCUCCAGGGGGACAGGGGUGUUGUCAGUGUGUUUGUCAAAGUGUCUCUGAUGAACCACAACAAGUUUGUCAAGUGCAAGAAGACUUCGGUUGUGCUGGGCUCCGUCAACCCUGUGUACAACGAGACCUUCAGCUUCAAGGCCAACGCUGCUGAGCUGGACACGGCCAGCCUCAGCCUGACUGUGUUCCAGAGCACCGAAGGGGACAAGAGCCACCAGCUGGGCCGGGUGGUGGUGGGCCCCUACAUGUACAGCCGCGGCAAAGAGCUGGAGCACUGGGACGAGAUGCUCAGCAAGCCCAAGGAGCUGGUGAAGCGCUGGCACGCGCUCUGCCGUACCUUCGAGCCCUGA